CGGAGUCCGCCUCGGGGCGAUCUGCUUGGGCGUCGUGGCUUCGCGUCCUCCCCGGAGCGACCCCGGGGGCGGGGGUUCGCGAGGGUUAAACUUCCACGGUGCCGACCGCGCUCCCGCGUGAUGCCCUUGGCCCCGCGCGUCCCCAGGACAGGCCCAGGCAUGUGAUGGGUGUUUGGGAAGCACUGAAAACACAUGUCCAAGGGGAAAAAUCCACUCUGGACGGCUAGCUCAGUUAAUUAGUUUCGUCCUGGUACUCCAAGGUUGCAGGUUUGAUCCCAGGCCCCAGGCAUGCCCAGCCCCAGAGCCCGCCCCAAAGAGGCGGAAAUGGAUCCCUCAGCUCCUGGACCAUCCCCGUGGACCCCUGCAGCCCGUGUGAGCGAUGUGCCCGCCGUGACCCGCCCUGCGUCUGCACGGUGUGCUCCGCUCUGCUGUGGCGACGCUGACCAGGGAGCCGCCCCUCAGCACCAUCAGCAGCCAGACUUCCAGGGCACCAGGGCCUCGUGUCCGAACCCGGAUUCCCACUGCCACCAUUGCCCGAGCCACACCGUGACCUUGUCUCCAUCAGAUCGCAACACGAGGGCUGAGGGCAAGGAGUUUCUUCAGAAGGAAGACGUUUCUGCGGGUUUAGACUCACAGUCAGAAAUAUCAGAAAACUGUACCAGUGAUGUUUCCCUGGCACCUGAGCUCGGAGAACUCUGCGAUGACACGUUAGAAAGAGACUGGGGUGUCCCCGACGACAUGAGACAGGGGCCGUCCCUCUGCCCAGAGGAGGACUUCACACAGGUGGCAGCGCUCCUCGACAGCCCCUUAGGAGAGAGAGAGCUGGGCCGUGGUGAUUUCGAGAGAAGCUCCAGUCGGAGCCCAGACCCAGUGGCAUGUCCGGGAACUUCUGUGGAAGAGAGUCCACCUCCUUACACGUGUGGCCAAAGCUUCCAAGAGGGUGCAGAUCUCACCAGCCAGGAAGGGCUCCCCACAGCUGAAAGCACCUUCAUAUGUAACGAAUGUGGAAAAACCUUCAGCCAGAAUUCAGUCCUCCGAAAUCAUCAGUGGUCUCCUGUGCACGAGCCCUCCUGGUGCAGCGAGUGUGGCAAAGCCUCCCAUGCACACUCGGACCUGCUCCGGCCUCAGGUCACCCACGGUGGAGAGAAGCCUUAUGUUUGCGGUGACUGUGGAAAAGCCUUCAGCCAGAACUCCAGCCUCAAGAAGCACCAGAAGUCUCACAUGAGCACGAAGCCCCACGAGUGCAGUGAGUGUGGGAAGGCCUUCAGGCGGAGCUCCAACCUCAUCCAGCACCAGAGAAUCCACUCUGGGGAGAAGCCGUACGUGUGCGCGGACUGUGGGAAGGCCUUCAGGCGGAGCUCCAACCUCGUCAAACACUGCAGGACCCACACAGGCGAGAAGCCUUUCGAGUGUCACGAGUGUGGGAAGGCCUUCAGCCAGAGCUCACACUUGAGGAAGCACCAGCGAGUUCACACUGGAGAGAGGCCUUACGAGUGCAGUGAGUGUGGCAAACCCUUCAGCCGGGUCUCCAACCUCAUUAAGCAUCACCGCGUGCACACAGGAGAGAAGCCCUAUAAAUGCAGCGACUGUGGGAAGGCCUUCAGUCAGAGCUCAAGCCUGGUUCAGCAUCGGAGGAUUCAUACUGGAGAGAAGCCUCACGUGUGUGACGUGUGCGGAAAAGCCUUCAGUUACAGCUCAGUGCUCAGAAAGCACCAGAUAAUCCACACGGGAGAGAAGCCCUACGAGUGCGGCGUCUGCGGGAAGGCCUUCAGCCACAGCUCAGCCCUCAUUCAGCACCAGGGCGUGCACACGGGCGACAAGCCCUACGAGUGUCGGGAGUGUGGGAAGACGUUUGGCCGCAGCUCCAACCUCAUCUUGCACCAGCGAGUUCACACCGGAGAGAAGCCCUACGAAUGUACCGAGUGUGGGAAAACCUUCAGCCAGAGUUCAACUCUCAUUCAGCAUCAGAGAAUCCAUAACGGCUUGAAACCCCACGAGUGUAACCAGUGCGGUAAAGCCUUCAACCGAAGCUCAAACCUCAUCCACCACCAGAAAGUUCACACUGGAGAGAAGCCAUACACAUGCACCGAGUGCGGUAAGGGCUUCAGCCAGAGCUCACACCUCAUUCAGCAUCAGAUCAUCCACACCGGGGAGAGGCCCUACAAGUGCACCGAGUGUGGGAAGUCCUUCAGUCAGCGCUCAGUCCUCAUCCAGCACCAGAGGGUCCACACUGGGGUGAAGCCCUAUGACUGCGCCGCAUGCGGGAAGGCCUUCAGCCAGCGCUCGAAGUUGCUCAAGCACCAGCGGACCCACACCAGGGACUGAGAGCGGGCGAGGCGGCCCUCUGACCCCCGCUUCUCAGUGGGGCUCGCCCCCUGCCCUCCUCCCACAACCUGCUGUUCACACAGCCUGGG